GGAAUUUUUAAUCCAACAAUACUAGUAGGUCUAUCGCUCAAUGAAGUGCUUCUCAAAAAGCAAUACAAUUUUUAAAGCCGAAGAUAAUUAUUUAAUGAGGAAAUUUAAUGAGGAAAAACGUAAAUUUUGAUUAAAUAUUCAACAUUUGGGACAUCAGAAGAACGUCUUCCUUCGGAUCGACAAUGCGGAUCAUCGGCUAAUCACUUGAUAGGAAGUUACCUGUGUUGCCAGAUGUUUGAUUCAGUUCUUCAAAAUCACCUUUCUGCUUAUUAAUAUAUACUAAUUUUGGUUGUUGAAAGAUGGGUAAAUAAUUACAGAUUAGUAUAACUAAUUCUGGUUCUACCGAAGUACGAGAUGAGUAUAAAAUUAUUUUGAACGGCGCUAUGUGUCAACGUUGCUCACGUUGCUUGCGGCCAACUGUUUGUUGGUGAUUGGUGGUUUUGUCUGAAGAAGGCUGGUCGCGUAACCAGUAGGGGAGGAAGCUCGAAGUCUCGAAUUUGUUGGGUGAGAAUUGUGUAUGAAUUUGGAAGUGGCUGUGUUAUAGGAGUAUUAUAACUAUCGACAAAAAAUAAAUGAGAUGAUGUGGUCUUGUUAUUAGAAAUGCCCGUGUUGCUUUAUAGGUUAUAAAGGAAUUGUUGAAUAUUGGAUUUAAGUAUUACUGGCUUUUGUUUUAGGUGUAAUAAUUACUUCCUUUCAUACUUAAAAGUGCCAGAAUGGUUCGACUGACAAUUUUUGCAAUUCUUCUUCUGAGUCUUGUCUCUGUGUGCUUAUCAGAAGAUGACAGUGAUGAGGCUGUGGUUACAGAAGAAAUAGAUGAUGUGGUUCCUGAUGAAGAAAUAGUAUAUGUUAGUCCUACACCAUCAGGUAAUACUUACCUUGCUGAACAUUUUGAUGAUGAAGGACGAUUCAAACAGAAAUGGAUUGUUUCUGAAGCAAAGAAAGAUGAUAUGGAUGAAGAAAUUUCUAAAUAUGAAGGAAUGUGGGCAAUUGAACCUCCUCAGCAAGAUGGGUUGAAAGGUGACCUAGGUCUUGUAUUGAAGUCAAAAGCAAAGCACUCUGCCAUUUCAGCUCGAUUGGAUCGGCCAUUUGUUUUUGCUGACAAACCAUUCAUUGUGCAGUAUGAAGUAGCAUUUCAGGAAGGACAGGACUGUGGUGGAGCUUACUUGAAAUUGCUUUCCCAGAGCAAGCAGUCUUCUGAUUUGCGCAAGUUCAACGAUAAGACACCAUAUACAAUUAUGUUUGGUCCUGACAAAUGUGGAACUGAUGUGAAGCUCCAUUUUAUUUUCCGUCACAAAAAUCCGAAUAAUGGCACAAUGUCUGAAAAACACUGCAAGAAACCUAAAGAUAGAGUGGAGGAGCCAUACAAAGACAAAAGACCACAUUUAUAUACUUUACACCUCCGCCCUGAUAAUAGUUUCACCGUAUUUUUGGAUCAAAAGAUAAUCAAUGAAGGGAACUUGCUGGAAGAUUUCACUCCACCUGUCAAUCCUCCUGCUGAAAUUGAAGAUCCUUCUGACAAAAAACCAGAAGAUUGGGAUGAACGAGAGAAAAUAGCAGACCCUGAGGCAAAGAAGCCUGAUGAUUGGGAUGAGGAUGCUCCACCUAUGAUUCCUGAUGAAUCAGCUGUGAAACCUGAUGGAUGGCUGGAAGAUGAACCUGAAAUGAUCCCUGAUCCCAACGCUGAAAAGCCUGAUGAUUGGGAUACUGAUAUGGAUGGUGAGUGGGAAGCUCCCCUCAUUUCAAAUCCUGCAUGUGAGGGUGCUCCAGGUUGCGGUCCAUGGAAGAGGCCGAUGAUUAACAAUCCUGCUCACAAAGGCAAGUGGAGGCCACCGCUAAUUGACAACCCAAAUUACAAGGGCAAAUGGAAGCCUCGUCGUAUUCCUAAUCCUGAUUUCUAUGAGGACUUGCAACCAUUCAAAAUGACACGUGAUUGUAAUUAUGGUCAAGUGUCCAACAUGAUAUUUGUUUUGACAAUAUUAUUGUGACUGAGUAGCAGACAAAUGGGCUGCUGAGACUUUCAGCUUGAAAAUCAGAAAAUUAGAUAAAGAUUCGGAAGGUGUCGUCAUGAGGUUGGUGCACUAUACCAAUGAGCACCCUUGGUUGUGGGCUGUAUAUGUCAUUGUAAUUGGCCUCCCAAUUGUAAUGCUAAUUGUAUUUUGCUGUGGAUCAACUCCGGAGAAAGCUGAAAUGAAGCGAGCAGCUGAUGCCAAAAAGACUGAUGCAAUAACUCCUGAUUAUGAAGAUGAGGAUGUUGUAGAUGACUCAAGGCCUUUGCAUAAAACUUCACCUGCUUCAAAAAGUGAUCUCGAAUUACCACAUAAUGCUGCUUCAAAUAAAGCAGACGGUGAACAUGUGAGUGAUGGAGAGGCAGAGCAUAUCGAUGAAGAGGAGGAUGAAGAUGAUGAUGAUGAGCCACCUCCACUGCAGGAGUCCAUAGCAGAGGGUGCUGGAGAUGCACCCAGAUCUCCAAAGAAAGUUCGACCCCGUAAAGAAUGAAUGAUUUGCUGCAUUUCUGUGAAACUGUUGAGUGUAAUUUCAUUGCGAGUGUGUUUUGAGUGGUAUGUUACUGUUACUUGAUGUUGUUCAGUUGUACCAUUCUUGUCAUGUAAGGAACUCCCAAGUAGUCAUGUUAUUGUUUUGUUAUUUGUUUGUGAGAAUUUGAUUAGUAGUAUUUAUUGCUCCUAGCCUGCUGACAAACCUUAAGGUUGUGAUAAUCUCGGCAGCAUAAACUGUGGGAAUUACACUCUAAAUGUUUGUUUUUUAAAGUCUUAUGAAUUGCUUUUAUGCAAAAUCAGGUAAUUUGACAUGUAAAGAUCUAGAAAGUCUGACCAUUUGCUACCUUGGUUGUUGGCAGCAGGCUAAGGUAGCAAUGUGUAUUCAAUGCUGACGCUCAAUAUGCCAAAUGGACAACAAGUUCACCGAAGCCAUUAUUGCAUUAUUGUUCUGAACAACUCCCUGCUACUUCUUUAGUCACAUUUUCAUAUUAUCUUCCUUCUGAUAUGAGACAACCUCAUAGUGACAGUGAACACUAUUGAAGUAUGGACUACAUGAACAUCCAAGUUUGAAUGUAACUAUUAAUCUGGUAUUAUUCUUAAUGUGAUACCAGAAGCAGUUGUAUUCAGAUUUGACAUUGACACCAAUAAUAAGAUUAUUAUUUGCAUUAUAGGAAAAAUUUUGUGGGUAUGAAGUGAUGAUGAUGGUUCCAAUUAUACAUAACAGUAUUUAUUGUUGUUUUAGUUCAAGGAAAUAUGUUGUUCAUUUGCACUAUUGUGUACCUCAAUAUUCUUUUUUUAAGCAUUUGCAAAGCAUUUAUAUAAGUGAUUCACUUAAAUUCAUUGGAAUGAAAUUACAUUUAAAUUCAUGAUUUGACAGUUUUAUUGUUGAGUAAUGCACUGAUUAAUUUGUUAAAUGGUUUCAAAUAUUUGGAUUUUUUCCAAAUGCAGCAAUAUUUAUUGAUGUAACUGUCCUUAAUAAAGCAUUUGAAUGCAAACUAUAUUUUAAAAGUCAAAACAUAAGGAAUGGUAAUAUAAUUAUUAAAGCUUGUCUCAUAUUUUUAAAAAGUAAUGGUCAAGAAAUGUCAUGGUGUUCUGUUUGCUUGUAGAUCAAACCUUGUAAUUCAGUGUUUCCUGAAGUGGUAUUGGUGGAAUACACUCAGAUAUAAAUAUAUAUAAUUAUAUAAAUAAUGUGGAAGAAUUCACAGUUGUAUUUCUGUUAUUGUGUAUCAUUUUCUGAAAAAAUUGUUAAAACACCACGAACUUCAGGAUCCCAUUUUUUUAUAGUCUUGCAUAACCAGGACAAUAACAAAAAUGAAUCUGAAUUUUAGAAAAGGGGUAUGAUGAGUUGGAUGUCAUUAUUGCUUCAAGAGACACUGGGUGAAGAAAUAGUAUUUUGUAAGCAAGCAUUGAACAGGUUUUAUCCUUUUCUUGAUGGGUCUUUAUUACACAAAGCAGAAUGUUAAACAUUGUAAAGCCUGACUGUGCCUACUGUUUGUGUCAAAUUCCUGCGAGAUGGGCAGUCACUAUAAGGAGUGUGUUAUUGGAUUAUAUAAGCAUUCCGAACAUUUCAACUCCCUCAAUAAGAAUUCUUGAAAAUGUUAUUAAGUUACACUUUUAAUUUUGUUUUCACAAUUUUUUUAAAUGAAUUUAAAGUUGUGUUUGUUGCAAAGUUCUGUAGCAAUCUUACUGCAGUGCUGAAUCCACAAGCAUAAAUUCAAGCUAGUCUUUAUUUUGUAUGUAAUUUGUUUCUUAUAUUACUCAAAGGACAAGCAGUGUUAUCAAGACGAACAGUUUUGUGUGAAUGAUUGUACCUUGUGAAAACUUUGUAAUACUAGAAUAUCUAAAUUCUUAUCAGUAUAUUAUUAUAUAUUACUAUAAUUAUUAUUUCACAUAGAAUACAAAAGAUUUGUUUAAAAUUAAUUUUUAUCAUUAUAAAAUAAUGCCCUGCUGUUGCUAGUUUAUGUAUUAGUAUAUUUGGUUCAAUAAUGGAUGAUAUUACUGCUGUGAUGAAUAUGAGGAACACAUAAGAAACAAUAACUUUUACCACAUUCACUUGUCAAAGACAUGCCUUUUUUUACGAAUAUUGUGCUAGUAUGUGUGCGCAAGUAUAGAAGUAUAUUCAUGAGAAAUUCAGCAUACAUGUUAAAGUGCAUUUUCCUAUUGCUAUACCCAUGUAAAAGAAUUCUAUACAAAGUAUAUCUUGUUUUCAAUAAAUGAUAGUGUUAGUAAUAAAUGUGGUCUUGUGAUAUGGGAAAUCUGUGAACAAUUAUCUAAAAUUUCACUGUUAUUAUUAAUAUUGAAUUUAUAAUCUCUAGUUGCAAGAAUUUUAUAAUUUUGGAUCUUGUUUAGAGGCAAAUUGAGGCCUUAAGUCAUAUGUAAGAUUCUGUCAUAUGUUGGAUUCUUAGAACUAAUUCAGUUCAUUAUGAAUCGGUUCAUAAAUCCUUUUUAAUGAAUUUCUUGCAAAAUGCAGAAACAUAAUUUUAAAAAAAUGAGUGAAUGCUUCUAAACAUCGAAAGUCAUGCUUCAAAGUCCAUAUAACCUAGCCCACAAAAAGCCCCAUUUUUUGGUUUCUUGUGAAAGUGCCUUUACAAACCCUUCCCAACAAACAUUUUUACUAAUGUUUAGAAGAAAGAUUGUUCUCUGUUCUGUAUAAUUUCAAUAUUUUAAUGAUUUGUAAAAAGUUCCUCAUUACAAUUAUUUUCUCCUUUAAUGCAGAAAUGUUUCAUAGUAAUUAAUGAAAUGAGUGGAUAAACAGGGAUAAAAUUGCUCAAGAGGUAUAUUCAAUAAAAGAAGCCACUAUAGAAGCAAGUUUUCUUGUAUACCACCAUUAUACUUUUUUUAUCUACAUGUUAUGUUCCAUAUUCUUUCAUGUCUAUUUAAUAAUUUAAAUUUUGAGAAAUUCAAACACAUCUUUACCAUUUGGGACAUAUAUUUGAUGAAGUGAUUUGAUGAAAAAGAUAUAUUUCAUAUAUAUAAUUUUUUAUUAUUAUUUUGCCAAAAAUAUUUGUAAAUGGAAGGUACUGAACAUAUUGCAAUUAAAAUAGAAGCUGACAGUCUUGAAAAUAUUACUUCCCACAAUAAGUAAAGACAAGUAUGAGAGAGAAUACUACAUGAAUAAAUACUGGGAAGUUAAAUAAACUAGUCACUUCUGGCAUAGUUUUGCUCUAACAUACUUUUUAGAACGUGUAAACACAACUGACGUUUUAUGUGAAAACACAAUUUAUUAAUGUUAAAUUUAUUUAACAUGAGCACAUUUAAACAUGUUAUUUUAUGUUCCAUUAAGUCAGCUAGCUCAAUGUUCAAUUUCAUUCAUUUGUUGUUUAUAUGUACAUAUAGGUACAUAAUCUGAGACCUGCAUUUUUGUUCAUGGCCAACUGGAAAUACCUUAGCUUAUGUCAGUGUUAUAGUUUCUUAAUUAAAUGAUUUGGGUCCUUUUCUGAAUUCUGAUUGAUAAGUGUGGAGUUUUAAUUGCUGCUAUUAACAU